AUGUCGGCAUCACGACAGCAACCUGGACUGGCUUGCGAGGAAUGCCGCAAAAAGAAACUUCGAUGCGAUAGACGACGGCCUCAAUGUGACCAGUGCGAAGACUCUGGCACAACCUGCCUGGUAAAUCAAGUUCGGUCACCACGGGGCCCCAAGAAGGGACAUCUCAAGGCUUUGCGAAAUCGCAUUGCCACGCUAGAAAACAUCAUAAAUUGUGACCAGGGCAGUCUUGGUUCCAAGGAACUAUUGGACGGCAGUGAGAAACAUCACUCCGACGAGACAGCUCAAUUGCUGAGUCCACCUCACGAGUAUAUCCCCAACCUCACGAACACCGAAUGUCGCGACACCCCCUACUCCAUCGAGGUAUCAACAAUAACCUCACCUAUUACACCAAUAGCUCCACCUGAGCAUGAGAGCUUAGAUAUAAUCGAGGCAGAUCUGGACCAACUAUAUUUCGACAGAGUACACCCUGUCGCCCCCAUGCUCCACCAGGGCCGGUAUUUCUCCUGGUCCCAGAGCUUUAGCAAACCAGCCUCCCACAUCUGCUUACAAUUUGCAAUGUGGGCACUUGCAGCAGCCUCAUCCGCCCAUUUACAACACAUGCGGGAAUCUCUCUACACCCGUGCACGAUCUGCGAUUGACGCUCUAGAUCACGAUAUCCAAUCCAGCAGUGUGGCCUGUCUCCAGGUAGCCCAAGCAUGGCUUCUUCUAACCCACUACGAGUUCCGCUACAUGGGCUACCGCCGAGCAUGGCUUACCGCAGGACGCGCCUUUCGAAUUAUCCAACUCGCCAAAUUACACGAGAUCGAUCGGCUCAAUGACGUUAGCAUAAAUAUGGCCCACCCCGAAGCAUGGGCCGAGGCCGAGGAAAAACGUCGGACAUACUGGUUGGCAUAUUGUCUAGACCGAUUCCUCAAUAUCUCUGACGAGUGGCCUCUCAGUCUACACGAGGAAGCACUCUGCAUAUAUCUCCCCGUCUCGGAGUCAGACUUCCAACACAGCAGGCCCGUCCUUAUGGACUCCUUAUAUGACGAGAUCGAGACAUCCGGACACAAAAUGCUACCGCCUUUCGCGGAGACAAUCGUCUUGAUCACCCUAUGCUGGCACAGCGUUGCAUUCCAGCGCGCGGCGUACGGCGACAAAACUUCUCCGACAGACGGAGAUGCCUGGAAGCGCCAUACCCGGCUAUACCAAAUGGUACAACAGCGACUGAUGCUGGUCUCACUACCCCCAUCCUCGCCGGAACUCCACGAUCCCAUGCGUCUCUUUACAAACAUGCUCGCCAAUGCCGCCGUAAUAUGGUUCUACAACAUAAUGGAGACCCUGCAGGUGGAAAUUGACGAGGAGAUUAUCCUAGUUCCUUUUUACUCCGCGUGCGAGAUCGUAGGUUUGGCGAAGCCCCUCACCCGAUCCAGCUUUUUCAAGGCGCAUGCAUUUUCUCCCAUGCUACUCUAUCUCUCGGCAAAGUUUCUCAAGACACAUGCCGAUCAAUUGAAUACGUGUGUCUCCGCGUCGGAGGAUAAACAGCAGAAGUUGGAGGAUUUGAAAAAAGCUUUGCGUGUUUUGCAGGGUGGGAAUAAUUUAGCUAUGACCUAUUUGGAGCUACUGGACUCGGACUCGGACUCGUUUGACAAAUUGUGCAACUUGGCCACUGCUCAAGGGUGUACUAUGUCUGAUGCUACAGGUCAGCCGGAGCCACCUUUCUUUUUCGAUAUCACAAAUCUGUUAUAG